GGCUAAUAUUGGGACAUUUUAGUGGCACCCAAUAAAAGACUUAUCAAAACCAUUUGGUAUUGGGUCCGGAAUUAGACAUGGACAGAAUCCCUGGAAUGAAUCAGCUGUGACUUGAACUUGGAGGAUUUAUUUUGCUUACAGACUUGGGAGAUUUCAAUUGCAACUGAAGGCAAAUUAUGCCUUCGUAAGAGGCUCUUUUUAAACGAUGAAAUAUAUUUGUUCACCUUUUCCGAUGGUUGCCUUAUUGCAUGGGGAAAUGGUUCCGACUCCCGAAUCCAAUGAUUCUGCAAACUGGCGCGCUUUUGGACUUGCGAGAUGACUUCGCUGACAAAUUACGGGUCAGGCGUUGACUUAAAUCCAGAGGAAGCACACUUCUAAUUUCCAUCUAUAGUUCCAUCUUUGGACAACGGAACAUCACAGAAGAUGAGGGUUGUAUUUGUUUUGCUAGUAUGCACUCAGUUUCUAAUAACUGAGGUCCUCUUUUUGUCUGUUUCAUCCACAAAUGAUGCGUAUCCAACUGGAUAUGGUGAUGAGUCUGGUGCUUGUAUGAGUAGCAGGGAUGUUUUGAAGCCUUUGAAGAGAGAAAUAUAUUACGAAGGUGGAGAAAUAAUAGAUAUCACCCACAAGUUAACUCCAAACACACCUGGGGGAAUUAUUGAGGGUUGGGGUGAAUAUCUUAGUCUCGUGAAGAGCAUGAAGAACGGGUCUGAUUCGAAUAUCUCCGAGAUGAAAUUAAAUGUUCAUGUUGGCACUCAUGUUGAUACUCCAGGAUAUAUUUAUGAUCACUAUUAUGAUGCUGGAUUUGAUGUAGACAGCCUAGACCUCAGAGUUCUAAACGGCCCGGCUUUGGUAGUUGAUAUUCCUAGGGAUAAGAACAUAACAGCUGAAGUGAUGAAGACCUUAAACAUCCCCAAAGGAAUAAGACAGUACUCUUCAGAACGUUAAACACUGACAGGCGCCUCAUGUAUACGAGACAGAUUGAUUUAAGCUAUGUGGGAUUCACAGAGGAUGGAGCACAGUGGGUUGUGGAUAACACUGAUAUUAAACUUGUUGGAGUAGAAAUGCUGGAUUACUUUGUUG